AGCAAAACCCAACAAUACAUCCAACUCUCCAAGCAUCAAAUUCUCAACCCCGUCUGGAAAACGAAAUGUAUAACCAAACACAACCGUAUCCCACGGCUAACUCCGGCAGCACCGCCACCGCAAGACUACUCUCGACUCCGUUCAUACUCGUAGCUACCUUUUUUGUGUCCCUCCUCCUCAUCGUCUCCUUGCUGACUCUUCCGUCCAGGCCACCGCUCAACCGCCCUGACACUUCCAUCUUCCCCAAUCGUCAUCCACGCCCCCACCGCGUUCUCAUUCCCGGUGACCAGUCUUCCCCUCCUCCCAGCCCCCCAUCCAUUGCCUACUACAUUUCCGGAUCCGCUGGAGACUCUGAUCGGAUCCUCCGCCUUCUCUAUGCUGUCUACCACCCCCGAAAUCACUAUCUCCUGCACCUCGACCGCUCCGCUCCCCAGGCAGACCGCGACUACUUGGCCUUUGCUAUCAAUGCCGUGCCUCUCUUCAGGGCUGCUCAAAAUGUUUAUGUCAUGGGCAAGGCUAAUUUUGUGUACUCAAAAGGCUCCUCUUCCAUAUCUUCCGUGCUCCAUGGCGCAUCUAUUCUUCUCCGCAUUUUGAAAAGUUGGGAUUGGUUCAUCAAUCUAUCCAGUGCUGAUUACCCACUUGUCACCCAGGAUGAUCUUCUUCACAUUUUGUCAUAUCUUCCAAAGGAGCUCAAUUUUGUCAAUCACACAAGCUAUAUUGGAUGGAGAGAAUCUCAGAAGUUGAAACCAAUUAUAGUGGAUCCCGGGCUCUACCUUGCGGAGGACAGUGAGAUAUUUUAUGCAACUCAGCGGAGGCCACUGCCUGACGCUUUUCGAGUAUUCAGUGGAUCUUCAUCAUUCAUUUUGAGCAGAAAGUUCAUUGAAUACUGCAUCUUAGGCACAGAAAACCUUCCAAGGACACUGUUAAUGUAUUUGGCAAAUGCACCAUCUUCAAAUUCCAUUUACUUCCCCACCAUAUUGUGCAAUUCAAGGUCAUUCAAUAGAACCAUUGUCAACAACAACCUGCAGUACGUGCCACGAAACUCUAGGAUGGAGGCAGGCCCGCUCAACUCCAGUGAUUUCGCGAGCAUGAUCCGGACUGGUGCAGCAUUUGCUUCACCAUUUCAAGAAAAUGAUCCAAUUCUCGACAAGAUUGACAGUCAAGCUCUCCACCGCAGUCCGGGGAAACCAGUACCGGGUGGAUGGUGUCUGGGCGAUACUAAAGCUGACAAAUGUGCUGUCUGGGGAGAUGCCGACAUUCUAAGACCGGGUAUAGGAGCAAAAAGGCUUGAAAAGCAUUUCAUUAGUCUUUUUGCAGACGGUAAGUUUCAAUCGCAGCAAUGUUUAGUGGAGUAAGAACACACUUAAGUGAAAAGCUUGGGAGAUGACAAAGAACAUUAGCAAGAAAACGUUGGAGGAAGAUUUGAAAUGAAUUGUCCACUGAUAAAAUGCAUCAUUAAAAUUUAUUUAAUUUUUGUGUACCCUUUCUUUUUCUGUCCUGAACUUGAAUAUCUGCACUUGGAAACCACUGGUGUUGUAUAAAUUAACAUAUGUAGUAUAUUUACCACAGGCUGGUCCAUAGGGCAGGUGGUAUUUUAAUUCCAUUGUAUUUCACAGGUCCUUUGUACACGCCCACCAGAGCCUGCUCUUUUUUAUUUGCUACGAAGUUUGUGGAUU